GGACUGUUUUCACGGCUCCACCGACUCCUAGAAGGCAGGAUGUAGAGCAAGACAUGAGUAGCUUUAAUGCUGUGAAAGCAACACAGUAUGGAGCUUUGGAGAGAGUUCAGGAGAUAAUAGAAGGGGGGUACAGCGUAAACACUAGGGAUGAAGAAAAUGUGACAUUACUACAUUGGGCAGCUAUCAAUAACAGACGUGAACUAGUUCAAUACCUAGUAAAAAAAGGGGCGGAUCUAGAUGCGGUGGGCGGGGAACUUAUGUCCACCCCUCUUCACUGGGCCACCAGACAAGGACAUACUCAAGUUCUAGUCCUGCUGUUACAGUACGGUGCUGACCCGUCUAUUGUUGACGGCGAGGGGUGUGCCUGUCUUCACCUUGCAGCUCAAUUCGGUCACACAGCCAUUGUAGGAUAUCUCAUUGCUAAAGGACAAAGUGUAAAUACUCAGGAUGAGAACGGGAUGACUCCUUUGAUGUGGAGCUGCUAUAAGACCUCAAGUAUUGACCCGACACGACUUCUGAUUACUCUUGGGGCAUCCCUUACCAUGCAGGAUAGUGCAAAGGGCAAUACAGCUUUGCACUGGGCUAUAAUUGGUAAAAGCAGUAGUUCUACCUCACUUCUAAUCAACAAGGGAAAGAGUACGGGUAUUCUUAACAUUCAAAACUCCCAGGGUGAGAAACCCUAUGAUCUCCUCCAGCUCCCUGGUCCUAGUCAAAAUCAAAGAAACAGUCAUAAUCAUUCUCAUGGUGCUCCACCCCCAUCUCUUCAUUGGUUACCCUACAGAAUUAGGAAUAUACUUGUUAACAAUGAAAAGCCUUCGACCCCCCUGAACCCUAUCCGAAGGUUAAUGGCAAUGCCAUAUGUGAGAGCUGCAGCUAUGCUUGCCGUACCUUUCAUCGCCUUCUUCAGUAUUGGGUUUAUACUGGACAUUACAGCAGAUUAUCUAGUCAAGUUAGGUAUGUUUGUGAUGGUCUACCUGUUUGUCAAUGGGACAUCUUAUUUCUUUUUUGAUGAGAGAAUUAUGAGUUUUCUCCCGCUAGGGAUAUAUUUUUCAACCAUAUUCUGGAUGUACUACACGUGGUUUCAAUAUGUACAUCAGUUCGUAUCCCCUAUGCUAACAGUAGCGUACAUGUUGGGAACUACGGGACUGUGGUACAACUUUUACAAGGUAAAAUAUACGAGUGAAAUUUAAUAAAUUACUUCCCCC